AAAAAGCUCUUAUUGCUCUCCUGCCGCACCCACCCGAAGCUCUCUCUCUCUCUCUCUCUCUCUCUCUCUCUCGCCGUCGUUGCUUGAGCCUCUUCGCCUUCGCUCAUCAUGGGGAAGACGCGUGGAAUGGGAGCAGCUCGCAAGCUGAAGGACCACCGUAGAAGGCAAAGGUGGGCCGACAAGUCGUACAAGAAGUCACAUCUUGGAAACGAGUGGAAGAAGCCAUUUGCUGGUUCUUCCCAUGCUAAAGGCAUUGUUCUUGAGAAAAUUGGUAUUGAAGCCAAGCAGCCUAACUCCGCCAUUAGAAAGUGUGCCAGAGUCCAGCUUAUCAAGAACGGGAAGAAGAUUGCCGCCUUUGUGCCCAAUGAUGGUUGCUUGAACUACAUUGAGGAGAAUGACGAGGUGUUGAUUGCUGGGUUCGGACGUAAGGGUCAUGCUGUUGGUGAUAUUCCCGGAGUCAGGUUCAAGGUUGUGAAGGUCUCAGGAGUGUCACUCCUGGCCCUUUUCAAGGAGAAGAAGGAGAAGCCAAGGUCUUAAGUGAUGUUAUAUCUGAUGUGCUGCUAUCAUGUUUUAAUUUAGAUACAAUUUUGUCAUCUCUUUAAGGCUAUGCAUGUAAUCAGAUGCUUAUGUUUUACCUUGUGGACUAUCAGUCACUGUUCCAUAUCUUGGCCCUAUUUUAUAUGUCGACUGUUGACCGUUAUAACCUCGA